ACCGAACAACAAUCAUACAUGGCUGACACGGCAAUUUCCCCAAACUCCAUGGGAAGAGCUAUCAGUAUGCCUCGAGCUCGCACCUGAAACAGGGAAUUAUUCACCCGGCGGCCAUUAUAAAGGCAGCGACGACGAUGUGAUCAAAGCCAUCAAGUAUGCGAAAGAAAACAACAUCGCUGUGGCCGUGUGCACAGGAGGCCAUCAAUACAGCGGCGCGUCAUCCACUAAUGGCGAUAACAUUCAACUCGAUGUAUCCGAGACGUAUCAGGAUUUUGAAUGGGAGGAUGAUGAUUGCACGAUAGUGACAUUCGGUAUUAGCAUCUCGUUGGACGAUUUCAAUAAAAACCUCGGGGAAAGAGACGAUUCUUGCUACAUGGUCAAUGCCAAUACGUCCAUGUGGGUAGACAUGUCCAAACUGGAGGGGCAGAAGUUUCGGCCUUUUCGCAGAUCAUUCCGUAUUAUCACCGCCGAUGGCGAACCACGUUGGGUUUCCCACGACUUUGAACAAGAUAAGGAUUUAUUUUAUGCCGUGUUGGAGGCGUAUGGCAACGAGGAAAACGAGGACGACAUUCUCGAUGUUAUUUUAUCUGAUCGCGAGGACAGGUCAUUACCGUUAAUCGGUCAUUAUUCUGCUGCCGAGUAUACCGAGGACGAAGGCUUUUCAUUUGAUAUGGUUGUAAGCAAGAGCGCUUCUGUUAGUCGUAGGCAGAGCAUGGUCGGUAAUGGACGGAUGAGCGGACGAUUUAACCCUCAGUCACUUACAAAGUCGUUGAAUCGGUUGGCUGCGCGUGGAUGGAUGAGUGGAGAUGAUGGAAUACCAUAA